AGACAAGACUAAACCCUUCCAUUGUAGCUCUGGCUGGAUGUUUAGGGUUGUUGUCCUGCUGGAAUGUGAACCUCCGCACCAGUCUGAAGUCUUCUGCAGCCUCUACCAGGUUUUCCUCCAGGAUUGCCCUGUAUUUAGCUCCUUCCAUCUUCCCAUCAGCUCUGACCAGCUUUCCUGUCCCUGCUGAAAAGAAGCCCCCCCACAGUAUGAUGCUGCCACCACCAUGUUUCAUGAAAAUCCCUGUGAGAAGCCUGACGGAAACAUCAUGUUAUCUCUAGAUUGUAAAGAAGAUGAAGAUACCAUGCAGCGCUCUUCAGGAGAAAACUUAAUUACCUGUAAUGUACAUCCAGAACUUCACAGUGCAUCAAAUAAUUCCCCCAAGAAUGAGGAACUUUCUAAUGACCAAUCACAGAUUAUUAACCCAAGUCCAAAUCUUUCAUAUAAUCAUCCUAAACAUGAGGUAUCUUCUCCUGACCAAUCACAGAUUAUUACCCCAAAUAUAGGGCAGAAACUGGGUAAAAGGUUUCAUUGUGGGGUACGUGAAAAACAUUUCAGAUAUAAGUCAGAGCUUUCUGUAAACAAAAGUAGUUAUCCAGGAGAGAAGCCGCAUUCAUGUUCAGAAUGUGGGAAAUGCUUUACUCGGAAACAAAGCCUUGAUCUACAUAAGAAAAUUCACAUAGGAGAGAAGCCAUAUUCAUGUUCAGAAUGUGGGAAAUGCUUUAAGACGAAAUCAAAACUUGAUGAACAUAAAAGAAUCCACACAGGAGAGAAGCCAUAUUCAUGUUCAGAAUGUGGGAAAUGCUUUACUCGGAAACAAAGCCUUGAUCUACAUAAGAAAAUUCACACAGGAGAGAAGCCAUAUGCAUGUUCAGAAUGUGGGAAAUGCUUUACUUGGAAACAAAGCCUUGAUCGACAUAAAAGAAUUCACACAGGAGAGAAGCCAUAUUCAUGUUCAGAGUGUGGUAAAUGUUUUAUAGAUAAAUUACGUCUGGUUCGACAUCAGAGAAUUCACACAGGAGAGAAGCAAUAUUCAUGUUCAUAAUGUGGGAAAUGCUUUGUCACAAAAUCAAAUUUUAAUCAACAUAAGAGAAUCCACACAUUAGAGAAGACAUGAUGUUUUGUUUAAGAAUAAUGUUUUAUAAAGAAAUUAGUCUUUCAAACUUGCAGACUUGUGUGUUCAUUUUACCUCAUUGUGCCAAUAUUCUAUGUGAGUGAGCAACAGAACUCCUACUCACAAGUCGCUGGUACAAAACCUUUUGUUUGUUUUAUUUCUUUUUACUUCAU